AAGAGGGUAAAGGGAAAAGAAAAAGGGAGAAGGGUGGAAGGAAGAAAAACAUGAUAAAAUAUGGAUAAAUGAGACGAGUUGGAUUGGAAUUAGCGAAAUCGUUAGCGAUUCUUUCCGCGUACGAUGCUAGUAACGAAACGAAAAGGUCAAAAUAAUCGAUGUGUUGCUCGAUGGGAAAACAGUGGAUAUUCCACGAUCAGAGAAAUAGUCCGAAAUAAUGUCGAAGAGUUAAAUCGAUGAGACGGAGAAAAAUCUGUGGGAAAAGAGGUACGAGUGGUAUAUCGAUAUCCGUAACAAGUAGAACGAUGCGUCUAAUUCAACGACUAUUGUUAUUUUCUUUUCUUUUGCCGAAUAAUCAAAUCGAAGGUAUUUGGCCCAAAGUCACGAAUCCCUUGCCUUCAGUUUGGUGGAAUUUUUAUUCGCGUUCGAGCAGUUCCUCGAGUUCUUCGUUGUCAUCUUUCGAGAAGGAAGACUGCGCCGGAUGUACGCAAAAUAAAGUCGGUUUGAUCAGCGCGACCGAUUCAAUUUUAACAGAGCUAAGAGUCGAAUAUGUCAAACAACAAAUCCUCAAGAAACUACGGCUUUCUAAGCCACCCGAGAUAUCGAUGUCGCUCUCGACCUUGCCGAAGCCUCUGAUAAAUGGUCGUGUGCUCGAACUUCGACCCGGAGCGCCGCUUGAACCGGAAAAAUCAAUCGACAGCUUCUAUGGAAAAACCGAUCAGAUCGUUGUUUUUCCAAAUGAAGGUAUUGCCGACUCGAAAAAGUGUCGGCAGAAAUCGAACCGUUUGACGGGAUUCAAUCCUGCAGUCUGUUUUACGUUUUAUCUACCGAACGAAAUGCAAUUUGUGGAUGUGACCUCGGCGCAACUUUGGUUUUACAAGGAAUACGACGAGAAUGACGAACUAAAUCAAACUUUCGUGCUUUCCGAACUCGAUCAUUGGGAUUCGAAUGGAAACUUUGAAAAAAACACAAUCAUGGCGAUCUUUGAAACCGAUAUCGGAGAGGGAUGGGUGAAGGCAGACGUGAGCUUCACGUUAAAGAAAUGGGUAGAAGAUCUUCGAUUGAAUCACGCGAUACAGGUAUCUUGCAGCACCUGCUCGAUCGAUCGAGAUACCGCACCCGUAUCCGUUGAACAAACUUUGAAACCUUUUCUCGUGAUGCAUACGUCGCCGUUGCCGCAGAAGAACAGGCCGAAGAGAAAUUCCAACUGUCUGCCGGAAAUGAAGGAGUGCUGCAGAGACGAACUCUAUAUUAAUUUCGAAGACAUCGGUUGGAGCGAUUGGAUUCUUCAUCCUAGCGGAUAUCAUGCAUACUUUUGUCGUGGAUCUUGCUCUUCCGCAGCUUCGUUGACCAUUAGUGGAUCUGCCUACAGUAAUGUAAUCAGGAGAUUAUUGGCUAAAAAUGGUAACGCGAUAUAUCGUAAAGGCGAAAUCGUUCCAUGCUGUUCACCUACUCAGUUAUCGCCAAUUCAAUUACUCUAUGUUGAUUCGAACAACACGAUCACGCAAAAGACGUUACCGAACAUGGUAGUCGAAGCCUGUGGUUGUAUGUAAUUAGCAGAUAUUAUCCAAAUCCUGCCAUAAGUAUGUAUCUUUUCGAUUCAAAUUCGUACUUCUAUCGCAUCGUUCUUUUAUUAUCCAAGACAAGUUCAUUGCGAACAAACUUGCGUACGAUAAAGAAGAAGAAGAAGAAGAAGAAGAAGAAGAAGAAGAAGAAGAAGAAGAGGA